CUGGACUCUCUCCCGCGAACUCUGUUUCACACAAAUAUAAAAGCGUCAUUCCGUCACCCUCACGGUUAUCUCCGAUAAACUAACAACGUCCCUAUUUCCGGUUUCAAAUUCCCUCCGGCGACACAUUCGGAUUCCAAUAUGAGGACCCGUUUAUCCUCGACUUGGGUCAUCUUCGUGGCCUCGUUCUGUUUCCUCGCAAGCUUCGAAUUAUUGCAAGCCAAAACCAUCGACCCCUACAAGGUUCUUGGGGUUGAUAAAAAUGCAAGUCAGCGGGAAAUUCAGAAGGCUUUUCACAAGCUAUCUCUUCAGUAUCACCCUGACAAGAACAAAGCCAAGGGUGCACAAGAGAAGUUUUCUCAGAUCAAUAAUGCAUAUGAACUUUUAUCCGAUGAAGAGAAGAGAAAGAAUUAUGAUUUGUAUGGAGAUGAGAAAGGAAACCCUGGAUUUCAAGGUGGCCAUCCUGGAGGUCAGGAUGGAUAUACUUAUUUUACAGGGGGUGGUCCUGGACAAAGCCAUUUUAACUUCAAACCAGGGGGGGGCUGGCAGGGUAUGGGUGGUCAGGGAGGAUCUAAGUCAUUCUCCUUUUCUUUUGGCAGCUCGGGCAAUUCCAAUCCUUUUGGAUUUGGCUUGGAUGAUCUUUUUGGCAGUUUUUUCGGUGGUGGAGGUGGUGGGAGUCAGUUUGGUGGUUUUGGCAGUUCAGCCAAGUCUGGGUCCAAGAGUUCUGCCAAAAGUCUUAGAGCUGUAAAUUCACAGAUUUACAAGAAAGAAAUAGAAAAUGCAGGAAUGACUUGGCUUUUGUUAUCUUAUAUACCCUCAUCGAAGGGGAUCCAAUACUUUGAAUCCACUAUAGAGGAGGUUGCCAGUUCAUUGCAGGGAGCUUUGAAGGUUGGAAGCAUAAACUGUGAAAAGGAAGUCUCAUUCUGUAAGGAGCUUGGCAUAUAUCCACGGAGAGCUCCUAGGCUUUUUGUUUUUUCUUAUAAGGAGAAUGAAAAAGGUUCUUUGGUGGAGUACAGUGGAGACUUGGAUGCUAAGAAUUUGAAGGCUUUCUGUCAAGAACACUUGCCAAGGUUUUCAAAACGAACCGACUUGAAUCAUCUUGAUCAAUUCAGCACUACUGGAAAGUUGCCUAGGGUGCUGCUUCUUUCCACCAAGAAGGACACUCCUGUAAUUUGGCGUGUCCUUAGUGGCUUGUAUCACAAACGCAUUACUUUCAGUGAUGCAGAGGUUCAUGAUGUUGCUGAUCCUAGAGUGAAAACACUAGAAGUUGAUGCACUUCCAGCUAUAGUAGGUUGGCUACCAAAUGGAGAAAAGCGUAUCCUGAAAACUGGGAUAUCUGUGAAAGAUUUAAAAUCUGCAGUUCUUGAUCUUAGUAACAUACUUGAUAGUUUUGAAAAAGUAAGUAAAAAGGAAUCAUCAGGUCAGGCCAAGAAGGCACAAACUGACUCAGACGAGGGACGCAUACCAUUACUUUCUAAAUCAAACUUUGAGGCUCUAUGUGGUGAGAAAACUCCAGUCUGCAUAAUUGGUGCCUUCAGAUCUUCUAAAGCUAGAGAAAAGCUAGAAUCAAUCCUCUCUUUGGUCUCUCAAAAAUCUUUGUCAAGACGACCAAGUCAGGGAUCCAGCAGCUCUAGGGACUCCAUUUUCUAUGUUCUCUUAGAUGCUGCGAAGCAAAAAUCAUUUCUAAAGGCAUUUGACAAAACAGAUUAUAAAUCAUCAAAUAAUUUGUUGAUUGCCUACAAACCUCGGAGAGGGAAGUAUAGUGUAUUUAUGGGCGAAAUGACAAUAGAGGAGGCAGAGAAGUUCAUUAGCUCCGUUCUCAGUGGAGAUGUACCCUUCAGAGAAACAAGUAGGAAGCCUGUACUAGAGUAUUAGAUCAUAAAAUUGGGUUUUGCACUGUUUUGGAUGCAUGCUCAUGUACAUAGUCAAAGAGAUCAUAAAAUUGGGUUUUGCACUGUUUUGGAUGCAUGCUCAUGUACAUAGUCAAAGAGAUAUAUAAAAUAUUUUGUUUUGUAUACUAUCAAGAGUGCAAAGGAUCUAAUUAAGAUAACAGCACAUAGGAUAUUAUUGA